CUCACCCCGACCUCACAACCUUAAAGACUGCAGAGGAGAGAAUUCAGACUUUACUGUUGAAAAUGGAGGAAAUUACAAAAAAAUAGCAACUUUUAGAGGAAUUUGUCUCACCUCAUUUGCUUGUUCCUCCUUUUAUGGAUUCGUUGAUAUUCACAUCCAUUUGGAUUACUGUUUAGGGGCUGAGGUUUUUUUGUUGCACAAUGGAUAUAAACAUUUCCAGACGGACAGGAGUUUUACUCUUUAUUUUCACGUUUUUAAGUCUUCCAGGCUCUGGUGGAGAAAUCCCCUCAAAACCAACCGGCGGUGUCACGAUCCUGCCCCCGGUGAAACCGGAUAAUGGCCCCCAGGCCUUUCCAGACGCGGAAAAAGCAAAUUUACCGGUGUUUACCAUGGAUUACGCCAGAAUACAGAUUCCCUUUGAGAUCACUCUCUGGGUGCUGCUGGCUUCAUUCGCAAAGAUUGGUUUCCAUGUGUACCACAAGAUCACCAUCUGGGUGCCAGAGUCGUGUCUUCUCAUCAGCAUUGGUCUGAUCGUGGGGGGCAUCAUGUACUCGGUCCAUGAGGAGCCCCCUGCUGUGCUCACCAGCAACGCCUUCUUCCUCUACAUGCUGCCCCCAAUUGUCCUGGACUCCGGCUACUUCAUGCCCAGCAGGCCUUUCUUUGAGAACAUCGGCACGGUGCUGUGGUUUGCGGUGGUGGGGACUCUGUGGAACAGCAUUGGCAUCGGCAUGUCUCUGUUUGCCAUUUGUCAGAUCGAGGCGUUUGGUGUGCAGGACAUCAAUCUCCAGGAGAACCUUCUGUUCGCCACCAUCAUCUCGGCCGUGGACCCUGUGGCCGUGCUCAGUGUGUUUGAGGACAUUUCAGUGAACGAGCAGCUCUACAUCGUGGUGUUCGGAGAAUGCCUCUUCAACGAUGCUGUCACUGUGGUGUUGUACAACAUGUUCAACUUCGUGGCGGAUAUGCCGGUGGUGGAACCGGUGGAUGUUUUCCUCGGCGUGGCGCGGUUCCUUGUGGUGGGGUUGGGCGGGAUAGGCUUCGGCGUUUUGUUCGGCUUCGUUGCCGCCUUCACCACAAGAUUCACCUCUAGAGUGAAAGAAAUCGAGCCGCUCUUCAUCUUCAUGUACAGCUACCUGGCUUACCUGGUGGCCGAGCUCUUCGCCAUCUCAUCCAUCAUGGCCAUUGUGACCUGUUCUCUCACCAUGAAGUACUACGUGGAGGAAAAUGUUUCCCAGCGUUCCUGCACGACGAUCCGACACGUGAUCAAGAUGUUGGGCUCAAUCUCAGAGACCCUCAUCUUCUUCUUCCUCGGGGUCGUCACCAUUACAACGGAGCACGAGUGGAACUGGGGCUACAUCCUGUUCACGCUGCUGUUUGCCUUCGUAUGGAGAGGUCUCGGUGUCUUGGUGCUGACUCAGAUCAUAAACCCCUUCCGCACCAUCCCAUUCAACAUGAAGGAUCAAUUUGGUUUGGCCUACGGUGGCCUGCGAGGUGCCAUUUCCUUCGCCUUGGCCUUCACUCUUCCUGAUCACAUCGGCCGAAAGCCGCUCUUCGUCACGGCCACCAUCUGUAUCAUCCUCUUCACUGUCUUCCUUCAGGGCAUCAGUAUUCGACCUUUGAUCGAGUUCAUCAAUGUCCGCAGAACAAACCGGAAUCUUGACACCAUCAACGCAGAGAUUCACUCCAGGAUCAUGGAGCACACCAUGGCGGGAAUAGAGGACCUCUGCGGACAGUGGAGCCACUUCUACUGGAAAGACAAAUUCUUGAGGUUCAACAAUCUGGUCCUGCGGAGGAUCCUGAUCCGAGACAACCGGGCCGAGUCCAGCAUCGUGUCGCUGUACAAGAAGCUGGAGCUGCAGAACGCCAUGGAGAUACUGGACACCAUCACCGGGGACAUCAGCGACGUGCCGUCCAUCAUCUCCAUAUAUGAGGAGAAGAAAAGCUCUGAUAAACCCAAGAAGAAGCUCCAGGCUCCGGACCUGAAGAACAUGCACGACAUCCUGUCCAAGAACAUGUACAGGAUCAGGCAACGGACGGUGGCAUACACAACCAAGCACGCCCUGCCCAACGACAGCCAAGCCAGAGAGAUUUUGAUAAGACGCCACACCAGCAUCCGCCGCAGCAUUAGACCCGGCAGCUUUCAGUCGCAGGAAAGUCCCAAAUCCCACAAGUACUUCUCUCUUCCUGCUGGGAAAAGUCUGGAUUCAAAAUUCCCUCCUGGGAGGCUGAGCGUUACAGACGAUGAGGAGACCAUGUCGGAGACGGCCUACCCCUCCAGGCGCUCUCGGUUUGGCCAGCCCUCGCACCCCUCCUCCAGAGGCAGGAUACCUCUGCGCCGCCUGGACACGCUGACGGAGGCGCCCUCUGUCGACAUGCUGGAUGAAAAUCAACGGCGCGGCACAUCCAGAAAGACCUCCUCUUCUUCCUCCAGUGAUUCCCGAAUUCCCGCUCCUCGCCAUCAGCUCCACUCCCCUGUGGACAACGACAGUGGCUCGGCUGAUAACUUAAGGAACGGGCAUCAUGAGGAGGAGGAGGAGGAGGAGCCUUCACUUCCACCUCCAUCCUGGGCAGUUGAACCCAGAGACAACGCCACGCAGAACCCUCUGCUCAGACGGCCGCAGUGGAACCCAAAGAAGUAGAAAGAGUCUCAAAGCAGCUGGACUGCCACAGACUGAGUCUCUCACGCAGCUCCAGGGUCUCUACAUAAGACUUUGUAUCAAAAUAAAUGAAUACGGGAAGUCCAGUCAUUUCUAACUUGAAGUGGACCAUUUUUAAAUAAGCCAAAAUGAACAGUAGUUCCUCAAAGUGAGCCACAUCAGAAGCCCAGUGCACUACAGUGAAGGUACAGUGUACAGUAUGUACAGUGAGACACCAUGUGAUUUUAAUACUAGGUCAUUUCAACUAUUUUAAGUAAUUAUUUCAUUGUUGUAAAUAUGAUACUUUUUUCUACUUUGUUGCCUAUUGUGCGUGACAGCUGUAUGAUUGAAGUGUUUUUUAUAUGUUAGCUUAUCAUGAGGAACUAUUGCUGUGCAGUACAGAGUUCUCCUGGAUCUAACUGCAGGCCUUUUGUAAGUCUGUUACACUAAUGGACCUCACCAGUCUGGGCCCAUUUAUUUCCUUUUACUGUAAUAAAUGAUAAUGUUG